CGAUACGUGACGUCAUCUACCUGCGCAUUCCCUCCCGGAAGAAGGAGGGCGUCGCGGGGUGAUUGCGUCACAGGGGUGGAGGCGGUGGCUGAACGGGGCCGAAGCGCCGCCAUGGAGAGUGCGAGUCAGGAUAUCAGCCUUAACUCUCCCAACAAAGGGCUGCUGUCCGAUGCCAUGAUGGAUGUUCCCGUGGAUAACGCGGCUGCUGCGAGGACGGCAGCGCCCGAGGGACUGAGUGCUGCUGAGGAGGAGGAGCUGAGGGCUGAGAUCGCCAAGGUGGAAGAAGAAAUUGGUACUCUCAGACAAGUUCUGGCUGCUAAAGAGAGGCACUGUGGAGAGCUGAAGAGGAAGCUAGGUUUGACUCCCUUGGAUGGGUUGAAGCAAAACCUGUCUAAGAGCUGGCAUGACGUACAAGUCUCCAACGCUUAUGUGAGAACAUCUGAGAAACUUGGAGAGUGGAAUGACAAAGUGACACAGUCUGACUUAUAUCUUUCAGCCAGCAGCACUCUGGAGGACUGGAAUGAAAAAUUAACUCAAUCAGAAGCUUAUAAGAAGACUCAAGAAACCCUUUCUCAAGCAGGCCAGAAGACUUCAGCAGCCCUUUCCAAUGUAGGUUCUGUUAUCAGCAGGAAACUUGGGGACAUGAGGGAGUUUCCUAUUCCACUGUGGCUGGGAUUACCCAAGUGCAGUUACUCCAUUCGCCACUCGAUAAGUAUGCCAGCAAUGAGGAAUUCUGCAACCUUCAAGUCAUUUGAAGACAGGGUUGGGACCAUAAAGUCCAGAGUUGUGGGCAGCAGGGAAAACAGCACUGAUGGCCUCCAGUCCCCCUCAGCUGGAGACAAGGCUCCACAGGACAACGCUCCUUUCUAGACCUGCAGUGUGGCUUUGCACAGCCGUGCGUGACUCCAAGAGCAAACCUCCUCCAUCCCAAAUCUUCACAACAGCAACAACAUGCAAAUCCAUGAAGGGGCUGAGAGCCAGUCUGGAGAGAUCCAUCAUUCAUUCAUAGACACUGCUGCUGGAUCUAUGUCAAAUAAAGAGAAUGCAAAGUUUUGUACACAGAUAAUAUUUUACACUAAAGUUUGUAGAUGAAUUGUAUCACCGUGCUGUCCUUUUGGGAGAGCACUGAAGAUGGAGUUUCCCUAAAGUAGCUCAGAAACGCCACCGGUGUGUAGAAAAAGCAUUUUCUUUCCUGCUUCUGUUGUCUCUUGGAACAGUUUAAUUGCCAUGUGCAGUGUGAGGAGGGCAGUUAGAGGAGAAAACAAGAGAAGGGGAAUCUUAGCUUCAGCUUCUGGCUGUUGUUCUGGGCUUGCCAUGCAGCUACUCCCCAAUCUCCCAGGCUUCUCCUAUUAACUGCUUCCUCUGCUUCUCACUGGAGCAGUCUGUUAAAUGGGGCAAACAGUUGUUUUUCUGAGCUUCCAAGAGGGAAACUUCACUUAGCAGCUGCCUCGUUGUUACACUAAUGCUCUAGCUUUAACAGAACUAAGAUCUUUAUUUUUAAAUGCAAUGAACUUUAAAGAAAUAAAGCUUAAAAACAAAACAAACAAAAAAAAAGCUUUGGCAUCAUAUUAGGGAAAUGGACUCUGAAACUGAAUUGCAAGCCUUACAUCACUUUAUGCUUUACUUGUUUAUGGUUUUUUUUGUUCCUAUAGAGAAGACUGUAAGGGUUAUAAAGCUGGAUAUUGAGCACUGGAGUUUUGCAUCGUCCAAUAGCAGCAUGCUUGUGAGCCAGUUUGUGUGUAAGCUUUCAGUGGUGCACUCUGUUGCCCAGGUGUAUAAAACUUGCUUCUCCCUUCUCAGCUUUUGUUCUUGGAAGAAAAGAACUCUGAAGGCUGCUGGCAACAGGGCUGGGUUGAAAAAGGACAGAGCUGUCGCUAGCAGUGCUGUGCUAUACUGGAAGGGCUGCUCUCUGUGGGCCUCUCGUCUGGUACAUCUGACUGUAACUGGGUUUUUCAGCUGAAAGCCCCAGCUGCAACCUUGGUUUACAACACCAGCAGAGAGUCACAGAGCUCACCGGUUCCCGGAGCUCAUGGUUUGCUCUUUUGAUGCCCAACUUCAUUGCUUGUGGGAGCUGAAAAGUUGCAAGUUGUCUUACAGAGGCCUGAGCUUAUUCUAGGCGAGGUACCUCCAAAUUAGCAACACCUAGAGUGAGCAAUUCUGUGCCUUAGAGGCCAAGUGGGACUUAUUCAGGUCUUUAGGCUUUGCCUAUGUACAUAUCUGGUAGCUUUAGUGGUUUAUCACCCCGUAGAGAAGCAAGUUUUGACACUUUUGUGCUGAUGAAUCCCCACAUCCCCAGCCCUGCUCCCCUCCUGAGCCAGGCCCGCAGUGUGUUAGCAGCUGUGUUAGCAGGCAGCCUUGCUAUAGCAGUAGGUGAUGUUAUUUCCCAGCCUUGCCCUGUCUGACCAUAGCUGGCCUCCAAACCGAGGAGCAGAAUGGGUGAGUAGGGCACGGCUGGUGAUUGGGUCUGGAACUGUUUCUCUUCACAGAUCGAUUCUGAGGAAUUAUUGUCAAUAAAGCAUUCCUUUGGGAGAAAACAG